UCAAAGUUGUCAAAUUUGACGUUAAAUGUUGCAAUAAAAAUUAUGUGAGGUGAAAUAACAAAAAUGUUUCCCAAAACACCCGACAACCACCAAAAUAAUAGCACAGUAUCGCAAAAUAAUUCACGUCGUAAACGUCAAAAGAAGUCGAAGCGUAAAAAUAAACAAAAAGGCCAAGGAGUAAAGAGAGAUCUGAUUAAGAAGAAGAACGUGCGAUCUCCACCAAUAACUAUGUCUUCGUGGGCUGAGAACUUUACUUUCGCUGCAACAUGGCAAUUAAAACAUCAAGUUGCUUACUGGAAGUCCAAAGCGAUAGCAUUGGAAUACGAAAAUAAGUUAUUACACGAUAUUAUACGUGAAAAUUGUGGAAACUUGUUAUCACGAGAAGAUAAUACGCCAAUCUCGUGUUCAGACAAUGAGGAGACUGAAGAAUUAGCUAGUAACGAAUCAGAGAAUGAAUUGGAACAGGAAGAAACCCAAGAAGUAGACGAAGAAGGAGACUUUGAAGUGAGUGAAGAGUUUAUACAGUUUCUGAGAGAAAAUAAGAAGUUCAGGGACGACGCGAAACGUGAGAGGGAGAAGUUAAAAGCUGAACAGAAUGUUGAAGACAAGAAUAUAAAAGACAUGGAGGCUUUACCCGUAGCAGAUGCAGAGAAUCCUCAUGAUAAACUGCAAAGACUGUAUGGAGAUGGCAGCGAUAGAAUUGCUGCAUUAGAAUCAUCGUUAAGAUCUCAGUUCAUAAGCUUCUGUGAUCGUGAGAAGCCUAUGUAUUGGCCUAACAUACCAUUCAAUUUUAACUUUGGUUGAAAAGUGUGGUUUAAAAAGUGGGAUGUGUAAAUAUGUAACAUAAAUCUCAAUUUAUAUUUUUAUUUUCUGUUUCAUUAUUUUGUUAUGUUUUAAGGUGCAAUUGGUAGUUAAUUAUUAUUAAAAUUCAUUAAGUUGACUUUAAUAAGCAAUAUUAUAAUUAAUAAGCAAGUGAAUGUAUUGUUAAGGUUAAGAUUAUUAUAAGUGAAAAUGUGCCUACAUUAUAACACCAGAUGAAUAACACAUUAUUACAUAUAAAAAAUUAGCAGAUUGAAAAAAUCUAAAAGUCCACGUUUUUAAACAUCACGCCAGUUUUGGCCAGGAAGUGCCUCAAUAUCUAAUUGCAGAAAUCUAACCAGUACAACAAACAAACAAGAAAAGUGAGUGAGAAAAGGAAAUGAAUUGAGUUGUAGAAAAACCAUUAUAAAAUAAAAUAAGUAAUAAUCUAAUGCUAACUUAAAGCUUUCAGUUUUCUAAAUGAAUUCUUGAAUAAUAAGACUUAAGAUUACUCCUAGAUAUAAUUUAGACUUUCUGUAAAAUAUUAUUUUAUUAUUAUUAAAAUAUGUACCUCAAAAUA